AUGGAGAGCGGCGCCGCGGGGCGCCUCGACGCCGCCGCCUUCCUCGGCGCCUGGCGGCGCUUCGACGCCGACGACAAUGGUUACAUAGAAGGGAAGGAGCUUGACAAUUUUUUUCACCAUCUUCUGGAGAAAAUGGGACCAGAAAACACUGUUAAAGAAGAAGAAGUUCAGAGGAUGAAGGAGCAAUUCAUGUCUGCCUACGAUGUCAGCACAGAUGGAUGCUUGCAAAUCCAAGAGCUUGCAAAUAUGAUCUUGCCGGAUGAUGAGAACUUUCUGCUGCUUUUCCGACGGGAAACUCCCUUGGACAACAGCGUGGAAUUCAUGCGGAUCUGGCGCAGUUACGAUGCUGAUAGCAGUGGAUUUAUUUCAGCUGGCGAGCUCAAAGAUUUCCUGCGAGAUCUCUUUCUGCAGCAUAACAAGAUAGUUGCUGAAGUAAAGCUGGAAGAAUAUACUGAUACCAUGAUGAAAAUCUUUGACAAAAACAAAGAUGGACGGCUGGACCUGAAUGACCUGGCGAGGAUUCUGGCGCUCCAGGAAAAUUUCCUUCUUCAAUUUAAAAUGGAUGCUUGCAGCACGGAAGAAAGAAGGAGAGAUUUUGAGAAGAUCUUUGCACACUACGAUGUUAGUAAAACUGGAGCACUUGAAGGCCCAGAAGUGGAUGGGUUUGUCAAAGACAUGAUGGAACUGGUCAAGCCCAGCAUUAGUGGGGUGGACCUGGACAAGUUCCGCCAGAUCCUGCUCAACCACUGCGACGUGAACAAGGACGGGAAAAUUCAGAAAUCCGAACUGGCUUUGUGUCUUGGGCUUAAAAUGAACCCGUAG